AUGGAUAGUGAUGAUGAACAAAAUAAUAAUCAGGUCAUCCUUCAGGAGGAUAAAGUCUAUUACUCAACAAUGUCAGAGACCUUCGGUAAUGAUGUUGAAACAGUUAUUCAAACAACCGAUAAUCAAACUAUUGAUCAACCUUUAGUAAACCCACAGAUUGAGAAAAAAUUCAAAAUUGAAGACAAAAAUUUACCAAAAACAACAUAUUCGAAACAAUACCUUGCUGAAACUUUGAACUACCCAAAUAAGGUCAGAAAUGUCUCCCUUGUUGGAAGUUUGAAAUCAGGUAAAACUAGUUUUUUGGAUACAAUGAUUCUUCAAACUCAUCAAUUGAAGAAACUUUCAAAGAAUCAAAAAUCCUUCAAAAAGCUACGUUAUACAGACAAUGAAACACUUGAGGUAAAAAGAGGCUUAACUAUAAAGUUAUCACCGAUGACAAUUUUGUUACCAAAUCUUCGAGGAAGCUCAGUGGCUAUAAACUUUAUAGAUACACCAGGGCAUGUCAAUUUCUCAGAUGAAAUGUCAGUUGCUCAAAGACUAACUGAUAUAUCCGUUGUGGUGGUUGAUGUUGUUGAAGGGCUAACGAUUGGGGCAAGACAAGCGAUUGAUAAUGCAUUGAAUAACAACGUGGAGUUGGCUUUUGUGAUUAACAAAAUCGAUAGAUUGGUAUUGGAACUAAGGUUACCACCAUUAGAUUCAUACCAUAAGAUUAGAAACACAAUUGAUGAGAUAAAUACGUACAUUCAAGAAAAUCAAUAUUUGGGAAAUUAUAAACACAAUUCUUUGAUUUCACCUGAAUUGAACAAUCUUCUUUUUGCCUCUGCAGAUUUGAAUUUUUCAUUUUCAUUAAAAUCAUUUGCAACAUUAUAUGCGGACCGUUAUGGGAUGGAUAUAGAUGCUGUUGCAUUUUCUAAAAGGUUAUGGGGUGAUGUUUACUUCGAUGAAGAACUCAACAAAUUCACUACCAAAUCUUCAAAAGGGUUGAAAAGAAGUUUUAUUCAUUUCAUCUUGGAGCCUUUAUACAAAAUAAUUUCCCUAGUCUUAGCAACAGAGCCAGAAGAUCUUCAAAAAUCAUUAUAUGAGUCUUUUAACGUUGGUCUUGAUAAACAACUACUCAAAUCUGAUGCACAAACAUUGUUGAAAGAGACGUUCAAGUUGAUAUUUGGGGGAUCACAAGGCUUUGUUGAUAUUAUUGAAGGAUUAAAAUCGCCAGAAGAGCAUUCAAAAACAAACCUUUACACAGGACCUGAAAGUGACCUAUCUAAAUCAAUUUUGCUUGCAUCUUCAGAGGGACCAUUAGUUGCACAGGUUGGAAAAAUUAUAGAAAAUUCUACUGCCUUGGUUAGAGUGCUGUCCGGCUCAAUUGAAAAGGGGCAAACUAUCAAAGUUCUUGGUGAACAUUACAAUGACGAUGAUGAAGAUUUACAAAUCUUGACUGUUGAUGAGUUGUUUUUAGGUUGUGGGAGAUACAAAAUACCCAUUGAUAAAGCACCAGCUGGCUCAAUUGUUCUCGUUGGUGGUAUAGAGGUUAUUUCAAAAUCGGGGACAAUAGUGGGUAAUGAUAUUCAAGAAGAUGUUUUCACUUUCAGACCAAUAGAUUAUAUCAAUAAGGCUGUGUUCAAAGUUGUGGUUGCUCCUGAUGUUCCUUCGGAAUUACCAAAAUUACUCGAUGGUCUAAGAAAAAUUAACAAAACAUAUUGUGGUGUGGAAGUCAAGGUUGAAGAAAGUGGUGAACAUGUUAUUUUUGGCUCCGGUGAAUUAUAUCUUGAUUCCCUGCUUCGUGAUUUGAGAGAAAUGACUAGAAUAAAUAUCAAAAUUUCGGACCCAAUAACAAAAUUUUCUGAAACUGUUGUUGACAAGAGUAUUACUAAAGUCUCUAUCAAAUCACAAAAUGGUCAGAAUGAGAUCACAAUUAUUGCUGAACCACUAGAGGAAAAUUUGGCUACUGAUAUCGAAAACAACAAAUUCAAAGAUGUGAAACGUAUUAAUAAAGUUCUUAGGGACAAUUAUGGCUGGGACUCUCUAGCUGCUAGAUCAUUAUGGACAUUUGGCCCUGAUUCAAAUGGUCCUAAUACAUUACUUAAUGACACAUUACCUGAUGAAGUUGAUACAAAUUUAUUGAACAGUGUCAAAAAAUCAAUUAUUCAGGGUUUCCAAUGGGCUGUUCGUGAAGGUCCUUUAGCUGAUGAGCCAAUAAGGAACGUUAAAUUUAAGUUAAUUGAUAUUUCUUUGUCCAAAGAUUCUCUACAAAGAGGUAAUGGUCAAAUAAUACCAAUGGUGAGAAGAGCAUGUUAUGCAUCAAUAUUGACAUCUACUCCAAAAAUUAUGGAACCUGUCUAUUCAAUUGAAAUAAUUUCAACUGCUCAGACUGUCAGAAUUAUUGAAGACAUUUUGGAUAAAAGACGUGGUGCAGUUUUCAAAGAUACACCGAUAGCUGCUACUCAGUUAUACAAAAUUCAAGGUUUUGUUCCAGUGAUUGAUUCCAUUGGUUUAGAGACUGAUAUUAGAGUUGCAACCCAAGGACAAGCUCUUGUUUCGUUAUACUUUGAAAAAUGGACAGUCGUUCCUGGUGAUCCUUUAGACCAAGAUGUUUUUAUUCCUAAAUUGAGACCUGCGCAUAUUAAUAGCUUAGCAAGAGAUUUCGUCAUGAAGACAAGAAAAAGAAAAGGAUUGAAUGGUGAACCUACGUUGGCCAAAUAUAUUGAUAAAGAACUUGUUGAUAAUUUGAAGGAGCUUGGUCUCCUUGUAUAG